UGUGUUAAUAAGGCUCGCCGCCGGGGGCCUAGAUAUAAUUAAUUACAGGUUGAGUCAGUAAGAGUAAAUCCAUUUAAAAAGCUUGUUUACAAUAUUUAAAAAAACUCCUCCACACUUAUAUGAAGCGCGACGUUCUGUAGGAAGUUUUGGAUUUGGAAGUGGAGAGCAAUGGAAGAGGAGUGGAGUCAUCAUUUGCGGGUGUUGGCACAGAGUGGGAGUGGGAGAGAGGCAGUGGAUCCUCUUCAGCCUCCGCCUCAGCUUCAUCAUCUCCUUCAAUCCGUGAAUAAGUUGUACGAAAUGUGUAAGGCUGAGAAUUCGGCGGAUUUAGUAGCCAGAAUAUACCCGCAAAUGAACAAGCUCUUCCAACGCUUCAUUGCAUCCGCAUCCAAUUCUUCUGGGCUUCUCCUUCUGGCAAUUCUUCAAUUUUUCGUGGACUUUGGGGAGAUAGCAUUGCACGAUGCAGACCCCAGUAUCCGGACUUUUUUCCGUUCAUGCCUAAGCCGGCAAUUUACAGAUCCUCUAGUAGCAAUGGCAACUUUUGAUUUCCUCAAUCGAAACAAAAUAAAGUUGUUAAGUGCCUUCCCAAGUUUGCUCCCUCAGUAUUUUCCACUGUUUCUGAAACUGAUUGCAUGGAAUGGAGAGAUGUUAGAAAAACAAUUUUUAGCUCUUCUACCUGGAUUAAUGGCUCCAGGAUCUUUUCUACCUUUGUUUCCUGCCCUUACUGAUUUACCAACUCUAGUAGUAGCCCUGGAAAACUCAGAAGGGAGCUCGGGAUCGUUUGUUGGAAAUAAUACAGAUUUUAUUCAAAAAAGUCAAACACCUGAGCAGAAUCUGUUACAACUCAUGGAUGAAGCUUAUACUGGCUCCACAAUAGAGGACCGUGGUGGGGAUUCUGGUGAUGAGAAUGUUGGAUGUAGGGAUGAUGCAGAUGCUUUAUUCCUUGAUCUUCUUAAGGAUGAAAAUGAUGGUUUAGCGGAGCGCCACUGGACAUCUCAAGGAAUGGCUGCUACAUUACAAGCUGCCAUGGGUUCGGCCCAAUCAGAAAGGCUAAAACAGGUUUUCCGGGUUGCACCUCGGAUAGUUGAAGAAUAUUUCAGAAUUGCAUUGCAUGAUUUCAAUCAUUCUUUGAUUUGUGCAUUAAUCCCUCUUAUCAUGGCAAGGAAUGAUGCAUUGUUUCCAGAUAAAAAGUUUGCCUCAGAGAUACGGAAAUGCCUUUUUGAGUUUAUGCUUUCUGCAUUUGAGCGAUCUCCACAAUUUAUUUCACUGCUGAAGAAGCCUAUAAUGGACAGGAUUGGGGAGGCUUUUGAUAGCCCUGCCAAGACAGAGUUAGCAAUGCAGUUAUGCUGGGCAAUAGGUGAACAUGGAGGUGGUGGCAUAUCACAUAAGGAUGUGGCUAGGGAACUAUUUGAGGGCUUGGAAUUGCUUCUAUAUGAAAACCUUUCAUCCAGUCGUCUUGCACUGAAUAAUGAUAUGGUUGGCAAUUAUGAAGGGGCAAUUCUUAAGAAGUCUGGGCAAGCAAGAUUUCUCUGUUUUGUGGUAACAGCCAUUGCAAAGCUUGCUACAUACCACCGGGAGUUAAUCCCUAGAGCUCGUGUCUGUUUGGCUAAGGUAGCACGUUCUCGCCAUGUCUUAGAAAAGACAGUUUGGAGGCGUGCACGGGACUACUUGGGUUUAAUGACUGAGCCUGCAAUAUGUUUGUCUAUUCUUGGGCCUUCAAGUGGUUGCCAUGAUCGUGCUGCAACUGUACGCUGGAGUGAAGGUGGAACAAAAGCUGUUGCACAUAUCCCAUUUUAUAUCUUGGGAGAGAAAGAAGGUUCUCCUUUUCAUGAUUUUUCUCUCUCUGAGAUUCUUGGCAAAACUGAAACAUGAAAGAAGGCACCAGUAUACAUAGGCUUACACUGAGAUUAAGAUAGAUAGAUAGCAUUCUAUAUAAUCAAUCAAAAUGUGGUUGAAUUUAUGGAUAAAAUAUGAUGUUUCCAUAAUAAAUUUGUAUAUGGAGAACAUCAUCUCAUUUCAUCUUGUGAUGCUAGAGUGACAGUUUCAUCCAAAUGAUUGGUAGCAAUAUCACCCUAAUGUGUUGUGUUUCGUUUCUUAAGCUGCAAUGGUUGCAUUAAAAAUCUUAGCUCAGAUGUAUUAUCUUGUGAUAUUGAAUUUAGAAUUGCAUACAAAGGAUUGAUAGAAAUAUUUCUGCA